CCAAAUUAAUUUGAAAUUUUUAUUCUGCCUUGCAUCAUACUACUGUCUCUCUCUCUACCAACCAUCGCUCUCACAAACCCUAUCUCCUCGCAGAUGUGAUUCAGCGUUCUCUAACCCUAACCCUCACCAUCGUCGGAAGAUACCAGCGAUUUGAUCCGUAAUAUAACCCUUGCAUCAUACCACUCUCUCUCUCUACCAACCAUCGCUCUCACAAACCCUAUCUCCUCGCAGAUGUGAUUCAGCGUUCUCUAACCCUAACCCUCACCAUCGCCGGAAGAUACCAGCGAUUUGAUCCGUAAUACAUUACAACUGUGAUGAUACCCUAAUGGAAUAGAGUGCCUUGAUAACGAUUAUGGUUUGAUUUUUCUUCUGGCAGUUCAUUUGCUUUCAAAAUUCAAGAUAAGAGGGGUCGUAUGCACAUAUUUAUUAGUGAAGGUGCAAUGGAUGUUGUACCUUUCUCAGCUGAAAAAGAAGGCUGGCGGAACUCUUGCGUUAGUCAAACAAGGUCAAGACAAGAUAAAGUCAACCCCAGCAGGGGAAUAUCUUACAUCGGCUCUGAAUGAUUUUGACCUGGAACAUUAUGAUGGUCUCGCAGCUAUUUCUGAUGGAACAAACAAGCUACUAAUGCUGGUUUUGGCUGCUGUUAUUAAAGCAGGUGCUUCACGAGAACAUGAAAUACUUGCUGAACUUUUAACUUUUAAUCUAACUUUUAGGUAAGUCCGAUUCUUUUUUGUAGUUUGGCUUCUUUUUGUUGACUUCAUGUUCUCAUUUUGUUUGUAAAUCAUGUUGUACGAGUAUGAUGUUGUAGUAUCCCCACCUGUUACAUCAGUCCGCUAGCCUGGGCCAAGUCUGCAGAGAAAAUGGGACCCGGAUUGCCUGAAUACCGCAACACAUAUGACAAGAACUACUGUUUAGGGCAGCUCAUAUUUUGGCAUAACCAAGCUUACGCAGAGCCUAAUGCUAACCUCAUCAAAGCAAGCAGGGGUUGCUUAUCGUUACCGGAAAUCGGAUAAUUUUAUUCCAAACUCCAGAAGCCAUCAUCUCAACGUGUCUAUGGCCUGAGAACUGUGAAAUCCAUGCUUUCUAGGAUGGUUAUGGAGCAGCUGGUGGAUAGACUAGACGUUGCAAUGUUUAAUGCUAUUCUUCGUGAAUCCGCUGAAGAAAUGCCAACGAAUCCGUUAUCAGAUCCGAUUGGUGAUCUUAGGGUUCUUCGUAUUCCUGCUGGAAAAUCAAGCUUUGGAGCUGGAGCCCAGUUAAAAAAUACCGGUGCCGACACACCUUUUAACUGCGUUUCUAACAACCUCAUUUCAGAAGAUACACCAGCUUUUAAGGGGACCGUAUCGUACACCGGAGAUAACCAAACCCCUAAUGAUGCUGCUGACAAGAGCAUAGGAAAACGCCCGGUUAGUUCUGAAAGCAAUGAAACUAAGAAAGAUGCUCGUCUUGAACUCAAACGAAAUCUGAAAGAGGUGUACGAUGUUGAAGAUAAUGAUUGUGCAUCUGCUACAAAAGCUAGCCCAACGAUCCAGCCUAUUCAAGUUCAAGAUGGCAAGUUUGAUUUUCUCAUUCCCAAGCUGGAAAAAUAAUUAUAUCAAGUGUGGUUGUGUGGUUGUUUUGUUUAUGUGUUUUUUUCCAGAAGACUUAUUUUAGGUUUUGGGAUUUGUGGCAUUUUAACUGUUGGUUUUUGAAAUGUUGAACAACUUAUGAUCGUUAUUGUUAUUUCAAUGACUAGCAAUCUUGUAUUGCGUUUGGUGUGUUA